AUGAGAAAAGACAUGGACAGGAGGGAUGAAGAGAGAGAAACGUGGGUAGAGCGAUUGGGGCUGGGUGCGGUGCGGUGUGGUGAGGUGCGGUUUGGUAGCUGGCAUGGGGCCACAGGCCCUCUUGGCGCGGGGCUCACUGCCAUUUCUCCCUGCCUGGUCACCCGCCUCCUCAACAGCCCCCCUGAGGUGGGCCCCGGCUGGCCCCAAUUACUCUCGGCCACCUCCAUCCACACUCCCACCCCUCAGCCACCUCCAUCCACACCCCCACCCCUCAGCCACCUCCAUCCACACUCCCACCGGUUCCAUCAGCCUUACAGCGCCCCGCACCACCUCCACCCGUUGCCCCCGCCCACCACCACCACUUAUAUCCCCCAUCCCCAAUUACCCUCAGCCACCUCCACCUGUUGCCCCCGCCCACCACCACCACUUACAAGGGAUAAAAGUCAUCCUUCACGCUGCUCAUUUUCUCUCUCUCUCUCUCUCUCCCCUUCUCUCCAUUCUGCAGAUUGCCUGUUCGUGACUGAUUAUUUCACCCGCACGCCGCGAAAGCUCAACGCCUUCCGCUCCUUCGCCAGCGUGGAGCUGUUCCACUUCAACGUGCCCGAGGACACGGUGGUGGCCGUCUGGAACCUCAUUACCUUCAAGGAGCAAGGGGGCACCUUUGGGGACACCUGCCCUGACCGCAAUGUGACCGUUUACUUCCGCUCUGGAGCGCCACCCGUCAUCAACCCGCUGCAGACGCGUUUCCCGCGUGACACGGUGGUGCCUACCUCCUUCGCCGUCACGCUGACGUGGACGCUGCCCAAUCGCACCACGGGGGUCUUCAACGUCACCAGCCCGCUGCCCGGCGACUGGUUCCUGGCCGCCCACCUGCCCAAAGAUGAGGGAAAGAUAUCUGUCAAGGGUCUGCAUGAGGAGUGCCAGUACCUGUUCCAGCCGCAGCUCAUCGUCCAGAGGCUGGUGGGCAUCUCGGUGCUCUACCCCGGCUACUUCAUCGACCAAAUGAUCCCCGUGCACAACCGAUCGGUCCUCUACAAAGUGUUCAUCCCCAACUACAUAUCCCGGGUCAAGGUGCAACUGGUGGACUGCAACACUCGCAACCACAGCGGUGAGAGUUGCCCCGUGCUGCUGAAGAUCCGCUCCCGGGCGCCGCCGGUACACAACUCCAGUGCCCUGGACUGUCGCGAGUGGAGUCCCUGCGAGCUGGAGACCAGCGUGCCGUCCUGGGAACACUGGUACUACAUCCUGGUGGAGCGAUAUCUCAGCACCGCCGAUGUCUAUUUCCGUAUCGGAGUCCAGGUGACAGAUUGUUCCAAGCCCAGCUCUUCAAAGGGGCCAGGUUCGUCGGCCAUGAACAUGCCCCAGUCCUUCGGUAGCGCAACAGGCUUCUCCCUCUCCGAGACUCUACCCGCUGCCGUGCUGCCAAGCCUGUCACGCAACACCUCCGACCGUAUGGGCGCCGCCUCGGCCCUGGGCUCCGAGGAGAGUGUCAUCUACGUGGCGCCGGCCACCGACGCCAACAAGUGCUGGCCAGUGCGGCCCACGCUGCGCAACGAGCUGGACACCUUCUCCGUGCACUUCUACAUCUUCUUCGGGCCCAACAUCUCGGUGCCGCCCGACCGCGCCGCCGUCUUCGCCAUCAACCUCAUGCCCGUGCUGGACAGCGGAGGUGUGCUCAACAUGGAGCUCAAAAUGAACGUGUCGUCGGUGAAAGGAGAGAAUGUGACGGUGUUCGGAUGCCUCAACCACGGCAUGCCGCUCCUGCUACCAGACAACGCCACGGCUAAAUGCGAAGCUGAGUCAGUGACAGGGUUUCUUCUCACCGUGAACACCACCUCCAACGUGACCAAGCUGAGGAUCCCGUACCCCCAGACAGGCACCUGGUACUUGAGCCUGCGCUCACUCUGCGCCACUGAGCAGGGGUUUGAAGCGUGCAGCAACGUGACAGCGGAGGUGUACCUGCGCUCCUACCUGACACCCUGCAUAAAUGACUGUGGAACCUAUGGGCAGUGCAAGCUUCUGCGCACCAACAACUACCUGUAUGCGGCCUGCGAGUGCAAAGCAGGCUGGGAGGGCUGGGGCUGCACGGACAACACGGAGGCCUACUCCUACGGCUUCCAGCUGCUGUCCACCCUGCUGCUGUGCCUCAGCAACCUGAUGUUCGUGCCGCCCGUGGCCAUCGCCGUCCGCAGCCACUACCUGCUGGAGGCCUCCGUCUACAUCUUCACCAUGUUCUUCUCCACCUUUUAUCACGCCUGUGACCAGCCAGGCAUCGUGGUGUUCUGCAUCAUGGAGUAUGACGUGCUGCAGUUCUGUGACUUCCUGGGCUCGCUCAUGUCUGUCUGGGUCACCGUCAUCGCCAUGGCACGCCUCAAGUCCAUUAUCAAGCAGGUGCUGUAUUUGCUGGGGGCCAUGUCGCUCUCCAUGGCUCUGCAGUUGGACCGCCACGGCCUGUGGAAUCUGCUGGGGCCCAGUCUGUUUGCCCUGGGCAUCAUGGCCGUCGCCUGGACGGUGCGCACCAUCCGCCGGCGCCGCUGCUACCCGCCCACCUGGAAGCGCUGGGUGUUUUUCCUGUUCCCGGGCACCAUGAUCGCCACCUCGGCCGUGGCGCUGUACGCCUUCGUGGAGACGGAGGAGAACUACUUCUACAUCCACAGCAUCUGGCACAUGCUGAUCGCUGGCAGUGUGGGCUUCCUGCUGCCGCCGCGCGCCAAGCCCGACGCCAAGGUGACGCCCCUGAAGCGGCGCCGGGGCUGCGGCUACCAGCUGUGCGUCAACGAGCACGAGGAGAUGGGCCUGGUCGACCCGGCCAUCAUCUCCAUCAACAGCAUAUGCACCAGCUGAUAAGAUCACA